AUGCUCUUCCUUGGCGAUGUCGUCGACCGCGGGAAACGCCAGCUGGCAUGCUUGGUGCUGGUCGUAUCUGCACUCGUUCUGCAUCCAGACACGAUUUUUUACCUGUCCGGCAACCAUGAAGCCGAAGAACAGAACGAGAAAUAUGGCUUCCACGACGAGCUCCGAUGUGAUGGAUAUUCUGGGCUGCUCUAUCUGGCAAUCCUGAAUUUCUUCAAAAGCUUGCCCGUCGCGGCCGUCGUCGACAAGCGUAUCCUUGCCAUGCACGGCGGGCUAGGGCCCGAGAUCACGGCUGAAGAUAUCCGCAAUGGUUUCGAGCCGCGCGAUGGAUUGAAAUACUGGAUGAUUCAGGGGAUUCAAUGGAGUGACCCAAAUUUCAAGGUCAAAAGUUACGAGCCGAACAAGAGCCGCGGCGCCGGCUGGCGCUACGGAGUUGCAGCCAUCGAAGAGGCUCGUCGAAAAUUCGGCAUUCAAUUCAUCGUUCGUGCCCAUCAGGAAAUGAACGUCGGUGUGCGCUUUUUCGGAGAUUGGUUGAUCUCGUUGAACACGUCCGGCUGGCGCAGCCAGCGUUCCAAUCAAUCGGAAUAUAGCAAACAGAGAAGGCGAAUUUGUCUUGAAGACGACGAAGGCCCGAGAUCGGAGAUCAGCGGCGUGCUAAACUAUGACGGCGGGGAAACGUUCACCAUGAUCCACUUCGUCCCUUUCCAGAAGCCCUACAAGUCGCACGUCGACUUUGCCAAAGAUUUCACCUCGAAGGUGGCUCUUGAAGGGGCAUUCUCGGAAAGCAACUACGACAGCGUUGCCAGCCCGUUCAUUCGCACGUCGAAGGUUCGCGACAUGGGCGAUGACCAGACCGUUCGAGCCCGAGCGAGACGAGCGCCGGAGAAGGGUAGCGAAGAAAAGCUUGAUCGGACCCAGGAGGACCCCACCGACGCCGACGCCAAGCCU